AAAAUUUGACUGUCUUUGUUGACAUUGUGUAAAGUUGUUGUACCACGUGAGUUUUAAGGUUAUGGGUCGUGGGAGGCACAAAGGUUCUUUUAACAAGAAGCGUGGCUCUCACCGAAAAAAGAAGUCUUUUUCCGAAAAGCAUUUAAAAACAUAUUCGUCUGAGAUUGUUACCCACGAUACAAACAGCAAAAAACGGAUAAACCACAUUGCAGAAAGAAAUGUUUCUUAUCCGAAGACGAAGAAAAGUGUCAGAUCUGAGGACUUAAAUAUUGACAGUGGUUCAAGUGAGGAAGAAAAUGAUUACAGGCAACUACUUUCAACAUUGAACGAAGUGAGUAAUGCAGAAAGAUUAGCAGUAGGAAGUGAUGAUGAGUUCAUUAGCUCUGAGGAGGAAGGAACUCAGGAGAGCUCUCUGCCUGGCAGGGAAGUUUUCCUAAACAAAAACAUAGCUUCCAGCCAAAUCAUGGAUCCAGAGAGGAAACACCCAGGCGACAUUCCAAGCAGCCAAAACGCAAAUGAGGUUGCAUCUACUGAUGAAGAAAAGGAUUACUACAACAAUGAGUGUGAAGUUGAUGGCAAAGGAAAUUCAGGGAUUGAAGACAGAAGUGAUCGCAAAUACAUUGAAGAGGAAGAAGAAGAAGAAGAAGAAGAAGCCAAAGAAGAUAAUUUGUUGGACCCUUUCAUCACCCAUUUUAAUUUUGAACUUGAUUCUUCAUUACUUGGGGCAGUUACAGAAGAGCCACCACAUGUAAUAAGAUCACAUGUAAAAUGGCCAGUUCUUGGAAAUUUAACAGUUACCCUACCAUGUUCUAUUGAAACAAGCACCAGUGAUAAAUUUGGGGAAGGAAAAAUAUCUAUUAGUGAACAGAAAACUUUUGCUAAACAGGGCACAGUCCCUAAAAUUGUUGAAGGUCCUGGCUGGCUGAAAUUUUAUGUGAAGUCUCAAAUUCAGAACAACCUGACAAAAGCCAAUUACUGUAAUUUGAAGACAGAUGAAACUAAAGAAAUCAUUUCCCUCACUCCAUUGCAACGUGAAUUGUUCUCAGUAAUUUUAAAGUAUCAAGAUCUAUAUUUUCCAGAAAGAACAUUUAAUAACUGUGAACAGAUUAAAUUUGUAUAUUGUCUACACGCCAUUAAUCACAUCUUGAAAACACGACUAAAAAUUGUGCAUCACAAUGCAAAGCUUUUAAAGAAACAAGAAGUACCUGAUGAGUUCAGGGAUCAAGGCUUAGUAAGGCCAAAAGUUUUAAUAUUUGUCCCCUUUAGACAUUCAGCAUACAGAAUUGUGCAGAUGAUGAUAUCAAUUCUUUUGCCAGAUGAAAAAGCAAAUGUUAUCAAUAAAAGCCGGUUUUUUGAGGAAUACACUGGAGAGAGUGUUGCAAUGCCAAAAAAGAAUCCAAAACCAGAGGAUUAUGAGCUUACUUUUGCAGGAAAUACUGAUGACAAUUUCAGGAUAGGUUUAUCAGUUACAAAGAAGAGUUUAAAGUUAUAUGCUGAUUUUUAUUCAGCAGAUAUAAUAAUUGCAUCACCAUUGGGACUACGUGUUGUUAUUGGUGCUGAAGGUGAGAAAGAGCGGGACUUUGAUUUUCUGUCAUCCAUAGAAGUCUUAAUACUGGAUCAGACUGAAAUAUUUUUGAUGCAGAAUUGGGACCACCUGUUGCAUGUAAUGGAGCAUUUACAUCUGCAACCACGAACAACACAUGGAACUGAUUUCUCACGGGUACAUAUGUGGGCUAUUAAUGGGUGGACCAAAUUCUAUCGACAGUCAAUAAUUUUUUCAUCAGUCAAUUUACCAGAGAUAACUUCUCUUCUUAAUCAUCACUGUCGAAACUAUGGUGGUCGUGUAUUUGUUGAAAAUCCGGCUACUACAGGUGCAGUGUCUGGUGUGGUUGUGCAAGUUCCUCAGGUGUUUAAUAAAUUUGAUGCCAGUAGUCCACUUGAUGCAAUUGAUGAAAGAUUUAGCCAUUUUGUGAAAAAAAUAUUGCCACAAUACAAGGACAGCAUAAUGAAUCACACCCUAAUAUAUAUACCAUCUUAUUUUGAUUUUGUAAAGGUCAGAAAUUUUUUCAAAGCGGAAGACAUCAAUUUUGUCCAGCUAUGUGAAUAUUCAAAGGAAGGAAAAAUGGCUAGAGCAAGGGAUAUGUUUUUCCAUUCAAGCGCUCAUUUUUUGCUGUACAGUGAAAGGUUGCACUUCUUCCGCCGUCUUCAUAUUAAAGGAAUUCGCCACAUAAUAUUUUAUCAGUUGCCGACAUUUCCUCAUUUUUAUACAGAAAUGUGCAAUUUGAUGCAGGAAGCAAACCAAAAUAAAGAUGGUGGAAAUGAAAGUAAUAUGACUGUAACUGCUCUAUAUUCAAAAUAUGAUGCUCAGAGGUUAUCACCAAUUGUCGGUUUUGGCAGGGCAGUAAGAAUGAUUUCAUCACAGAAAAAUGUUCAGAUGCUGUUGACAGGAGAGUAAAGGUCUAUUGUGUAAAUGACAGUGCAUGUUGACAAUGCACUUUAUCUCAUUUUGCAUAUUUCAUCAACAACAACUACUACUACUACUACUACUACUACUACUACUACUAUAAUGACAAAAUCAGUGGUACAAAAGGUACAAAUACGAGGGUUAUUCCAAAAGUAAGGUCCGGUUAUAAAAAAAAAAAUCAAAACUAAAAUGUUUUUUCAAAACAAUUGUUUUAUUUACAUUCCUUACAUCUUUAUCUAUUUUUCUACAUAACUUCCAUACUUAUUUAAACAUUUGUCACAUCGUUCAACAAGCUUUUGAAUGCCCAUGUUAUAGAAAUCGGCCGCCUGUGAUGAUAACCAGUCCUUAACUGCUUCUUUCACUUCAUCAUCUGUGUCGAAGCGCUUGCCGCCGAGAAACUCCUUUAAGUAACGGAACAGUUGGAAAUCACUUGGCGCCAGGUCCGCACUGUAAGGAGGAUGGUCCAUCUGUUCCCAUCCAAAUUUCUUGAUCAGAGCUUGCGUUUCAUUUGCAGUGUGGGGUCUGGCAUUGUCAUGCAACAACAAGAUUCCAGACGACAGAAGACCACGUCGCUUAUUCUGGAUUGCACGUCGAAGUUUAGUCAGGGUAGCGCAGUAGGCGGCUUUAUUAAUCGUUGUUCCUCUCUCCAUAAAGUCGACUAACAAUACUCCACGUCUAUCCCAGAACACAGUCGCCAUAACCUUACGUCUUGAGAUUGUCUGCUUUGCCUUGACCUUGACUGGCGAUGACGUGUGACGCCAUUGCAUUGACUGACGUUUAGACUCUGGAGUGAUGUGAGAAACCCAUGUCUCAUCCCCUGUGACAACAUUGUCUAAAAGACUGUCACCUUCCUUAUGAUAUCGCUCCAAAAAAUCAAGAGCAAAAGCCAUUCUUUUCAUUCGUUGGGGCUCAGUAAGCAGCCUGGGAACCCAACGGGCACACAAUUUGUGAAACUUCAAAUGUUCAGACACAAUUCUGUACAAAGUUGUUCUACUCACAUUCGGAAAAUGCAUGUCUACGUCUGUAAUAGUGAAUCGGCGAUCUUCACGAAUUUUUUUGUCAACCGCAUUGACCAAAUCGUCUGAAAUCACUGAUGGUCGGCCACACCAUGGUUCAUCGUGCACAUUAUCCCGUCCUUCAUUAAAAGCUCGCACCCACUUGCGCACUUUACUGUCGCUCAUUAUGUUAGGACCGUACACUUCAGUAAUCUGCCGAUGGAUUUCCGCCGCUGAAUUGUUUCUUGCAGACAAAAACCGUAUCACUGCCCUUACUUCACAAUCGGCGGGCUGAUCAAUUGUCUUAAACAUUGUAAAGUGACACUGUGAACUACACUCAGCAACAGUAACAAAGCGAAUGGCGGCGUUUGACGCGCAAGGCUUGCCGGGAGUCGGCGCGCAUGCGUGUUUUGUCAUUGGCGCCAAAUUUCAAUAGUUACGGCGAAUCGGACUUUACUUUUGGAAUAACCCUCGUAUAAGAAUUAACCUUUCUGUGUACAUAUUUAAAGUAAUGUAAUUUUGAUAAGCUAUUUUUAUGUUGCUCUGAGAAAUGGUGAAUUAAGUGAAAUAAAAGAGACUCUUUCAUAAUAAUUUUGUAUUGCUAAAAAUGUAUUUUCCACUUGAUAUUAUUAAAGAAUUAUUUAUUUAACUAA